GGGGCCGAGAGAGAGCCGUUUCGCGCGCUGUGGGUAAGGGUGACUUUCGCGCCAGCGGCCCGGGUUUUGGAGGGUGACCAAGCGUUUGCCCUAGGCUUCAGGCGUCCAGUGCUUCCAGACACGCAGAACUGACGAGAACAAAGCUGCAGGAGAAUGGACAGCGAGGUGCAGCGAGAUGGAAGGAUCUUGGAUUUGAUUGAUGAUGCUUGGCGGGAAGACAAGCUGCCGUACGAGGACGUCGCGAUCCCACUGAGUGAGCUUCCAGAGCCUGAGCAGGACAAUGGUGGCACCACAGAGUCUGUGAAAGAACAGGAGAUGAAGUGGACGGAUCUGGCCUUGCAAUGUCUCCACGAGAAUGUCCCACCUGCUGGAAACUGACGCUGGGUUUCUUUUUCUUGGUAGAGUUUUCAAAAAUAUGUAGGUAAAACGUGUUUCUUCUGUCUCCAAAUUCAGAUCUUUGAGUAAUAAAUCAACUCUCAAAAACGUA